AUGCGCACUUCACCGAAUAUCAUCAUCACCGGCACUCCGGGCGUCGGCAAGACCGUGCACUGCGAACAACUUGCCCAGGACACAGGCCUGAAGCAUUUGUCUGUGAACCAGAUCGCCAAGGAGCGCGACUGCUUUGAUGAAUAUGAUGAGGAGCGGAAAAGUUGGGUGGUUGAUGAGGAUAAGUUGCUCGAUGCUAUCGAAGACGAAGUUCUGCAAGGUGGCUAUUUGAUCGAUUGGCACGCCUGCGACCUUAUUCCGAAAUCGUGGAUUGAUCUCGUCGUUGUCGUACGCUGUCCUGAAACGUCCCUUUUGUAUGAUCGGUUAAGUUCAAGAGGAUACCACGAGGAAAAGCUUCAAGAAAACCUCGAUGCAGAGAUCUUUGGCGUAUUGCUCGAAGAAGCCCGUGAAGCAUAUGACGAGGAGAUUGUCAUUGAAUUGAACAGUGAAAAGGACGGAGAUGUCGACAGCAAUUGCGCACGAAUCGCCGAGUGGAUUGAGAAUUGGAAAAAGUCCCAUGCGGAAGAUGCUGAGUGA